AUGAGCUGAUAAGAUAAAUAUUAGUCUGAUACAUCAAAAACGUUACCAUUAGCAGCUUUCAUUCUUUUGCUUAUAGCUCUCUGUGCUACAUGUUUCAAUUACAUACAUUUGGUUAUUUUUUAUAUAUUAUGCAAAUAAUAGUAUUUUUCAAAACACCAGGGGACAGCGUCAGCUGGUAAAGUGGUGUGCAACAGGAAACGCUUGGCGUACAGUGAAUUGGCAAUCUGGACUAAACGUAGAUCCACCGUGGCGUUGCUGACAUUGUAAUUGAGCGUUACACUGUUGAAUAAAAUAUCACUACAAAGCUGCCUCUUUACCUUUUCAAUUCACUAACAUUUUCGGUGAUUAAAUAUAGUAUCUAAGACACUAGUUGUAUUGUACAAGCGAAAUAAGCAUGAGAAUUUGUGGACUUGAAGAACAAAUUCAUGUCAUUGAUAAUAAAGUGACUGUUGAAGAAAUUAUAAAGGACAUAGUUAGAACAAAGGAAAUAUCAGAUCCGUUUUAUAUAUUUGAUGUUGGUGAUCUUGUGCAUAAAGCAAGAAUAUGGCAGCAAAAGUUACCACGGGUAAAACCUUUUUAUGCUGUGAAAUGCAACGACAAUUCCCUUGUGCUAGAAACGUUGGCUGCGUUUGGAACGAAUUUCGAUUGUGCUUCCAAAGCCGAGAUAAAAAAAGUUUUGGACUUGGGAGUAAAUCCAUCUCGUAUAAUAUUCGCUAAUCCAGCAAAAAUGACCUCACAUAUUAAGUAUGCCAUGAGCCAAUGCGUUGAUUUGACAACAUUUGAUAAUGAACUGGAACUGUACAAAAUUAAAUCUAUUCAUCCAUCCUGCAACUUAGUUAUACGAAUUCGUUGUGAUGCAACUGAAACUCAGUGUCCACUUGGUAUCAAAUAUGGCUGUGAUCCUCUAACAGAAGCACCAGCAUUAAUGUCAUUGGCUCGUGAUUUGGGUUUGUCUGUAGUGGGAGUAAGCUUUCAUGUUGGUUCAGGAUGCAAUGAACCAGCUGCUUUUCGAAGAGCAAUUGCUGCUUCAGCAGCCAUUUUCCGACUUGCCCAGCAGUUAGGUUUUAUGAAUAUGUAUCUGUUGAACAUUGGAGGAGGAUUUCCUGGAAAUAAAAGCACUUCGUUGGACAAAAUUGCAGACAUAGUGAACGAUGCACUUAAUGAAUGGUUCCCUCCAAACAAUGGAGUUACCAUCAUAGCAGAACCAGGUAGAUUCUUUGUGGCUUCAGCAUUUACUCUCUCUACAAAAAUUCACUCUAUUAAAAAACGUUCAAAUGAUGAAAAUCACAUCAUGUAUUUUAUUAAUGAUGGUGUGUAUGGUUCUUUCAAUAGUAUUCUUUAUGAUCACUCAGUUGUUGUACCCAAACCUUUAAAUGAUUAUCCAAUGAGUCCAGUUUGUCAGAGUUCCAUCUGGGGACCUACUUGUGAUGGUUUGGAUCAAGUAGUUGAUUUGGUGAAUAUGCCACUGAUGAGAAUGGGUGAUUGGAUUACUUUUGAAGAUAUGGGAGCUUAUACAAUACCUGUAGCUAGCACAUUUAAUGGAUUCCCACUUCCCAAGGUCUUUGCUGUUGCCAGUCGAAGAAUUUGGCAAAAGUUGAAAAAUUUAAUGCCAAUAUCUGAAGACCAUUUUACAACUGUGCCCAUUGUUGCAACUAUCAAAAUGGUACGUUCAGUAUCCAGCGAUGAUGAUGAAUGGGAUGAAAAUGAUUUGGAAUAUACCCAACGAUAUCCAUGUCUUCAUCUGAAGAAUUCGUUCUCUAUGCCCGAAGCAUGAGUUUUUUGCUUGUAUAAUGAAAUAACUUAGUCUCCAUUUUAUUAUAUUUAAAAUUAGAUAUAAGUUUUUGUUAGCAUCAAUUGAAUUGAGUAAAGAGGCAGCUCCCUAUAACUAUAAACAUAAUAUAAUAAAUUCUAAUCCUUUUAAUUUAUUCUUUACCAUAGUUUAAGAUUUGUUGUUCUUUUAAUUAUGAUUUUAUUUAUUGGAGUGUUGCAUUAUGUAAUAUCUAAUAUUUAAAAUACAUUAUGAUAAUUUAACAUCACUAUUUGUUUAACUAACAACUAGUAUUAGACAACUGACCAACUAUUGUUUGUUAUUUGACAAAUAUAGAAAAAUUGUGGUAACUGAA